UGCGCAUUGCAUCUGGACACUCCCCAUUCUCCACAACAAUCACCAAGAUUGGCUUCAGGAGAUCUCGUCGACAAGGAGGCGCCUUUCUUCCAGCCGAAUCUGAGCCCUCCCUCUCCCCUCUUCUCCUCCUCCCUACCAGCCACCCACAUGCUGCAAGAUCCGAGAUCCCGCUCAACUUUCCCUCAGGGGACACUUUGCUGCGCAGCACAGCAUCUCCCUACCUUGACCCGUUCUUCGUUCCCCACGCUUAACAAUGCAGCUCCUAGCGUUUAUUGCUCUAGUCGGUCUGGCACUUCUGAACGGGUCGGCGGCUGUUUACUACGGGGAUGGACCAAAGUCGACGCACUACGGUGACCUGAAUGGGAAUGGAGCCACUGACGGUGGUGCCUGUCUGUGGGGAAAUGUGAGGCCCGUGUUCGGUGUCAACACCUUUGCUGGGGGCAAUGCAAUCUUCAAUAACAGGGAGGGGUGCGGGCUGUGCUUCGACGUCCAGUGCGACAGCUCCAGGGAUGACUGGAGGGCACAGUUGCAACCAGGGCCAGACUGCAUUGCUGGCGCGAGCGUACGUGUUUACCUCACCAAUCAGUGCCCCGAGUGCGCAGCAACCCACUUCGAUUUGUCUUAUCCCGCCUGGAAGCAGAUUGGGAACGACCGCGCAGGGAUCCUCCCCAUCAUCGCCACUCCUUGUGGCAAGGUCGACAGAAAUGGCAACUCCGUCAUCGGGGGGGGCGACUCUUUCCGGGCGACCGUCAGCACUUCGGCACCUGAUACCCCGGCCCCCACCCAAUCCGCCCCAACCCCCGGUCCCACUCAACCGGCGCCAACUCAGCCCGCCCCGACCCCUAGCCCCACUCAACCGGCGCCAACACAGCCUGCCCCGACCCCAAGUCCCACUCAACCGGCGCCAACCCAGCCCGCCCCAACGCCAAGCGCGACCCCUGCACCCCCCUCCCCCACACCUUCGCCAACAAACGACCCCUCCCCUAUUCCCACCCAGACCCUCUCCGUCAGUUCUGCCAAGAUUACGUCCGCGGAUGUGAUUGCCCCCUCCAGCAAUCCCACCUCAACGCCAACCCCCUCAACACCGACCCCCACCGACGCCCCCACCGACGCCCCCACCAACCCCCCGCAGACCCCCAGCCCCACGAGCGCCCCCGUCACGGACGUUUUCGCCCCGGAGCCAACAUCCACCUCGGCCCCCCCCAUUGUCUACUGCGACGCUCCCCCCCGCCCCCGAACGCUCCUCCCCCGCCGAGAAUCCCUACCCCCCCGGGGCGUCUUCAGCCCCCCGGGCGUCUUCAGCCCCCCGGACCGCGCCCCCUCCCCCAAUCCCCUCCCCCUCCCCAACAACCCGCCUCCGGCCUCUCCCCCUCCGGCGCUCUCCCCCCCUGGUACACCCUUGGCUCCUCCCCCCCCCCUGCUGAAUCCGCCUCCGCCGGCCAACCCCCCCCCUCGGGUGCCGUGCAUUCCGAGGCCCCUGAGGCUGAGGUAAAGGCCUUGUACACAAGCAAAGCGUGCCAACUUAUUCGCUCGACCCGGCCUAUUUAUUUUGGGGGGUAGAUUCUUCUUCGAGACGACCAGGAGCUCGCGUUCGGGACACGUCCACAAUCAGCGGAGGACAGAAGUCAGCCCAGGAUAUUUAUGGGUCUGUGGACCGUGUACGUGAUGUAAGUUGAGGUAGUAACUCGGCGGAAAAGGGCCAAAUGAGCACCUCGGAUUCGAAUUCUUCACAAGAGCCAGCCCCGAAGCGGGCACCGCCGAUAGGUAGACCUGAUUCUUUGUAGCUAGCUAGGCUAAGUCAAAUGGGAAGAUUCUUUGGGCGCGUGUCCGACUCGAUUCUUCGAGGAUUCGGAGGCCCCUCGUGCAGCCACACCUCGUGGCUUGCGAUUUUGGUGUAAGCUAUAACCCAAUUUAGCAAGUUGCCGCGUUUUUGUGUAAGAACAAUGUCGGAUAGAGUAAUGGUUAAUUUCGGGAAAAACACGUAAUAGAUUCGCGAGAGGAGCCAUCAGUAUAGAUAAUAGUAGAAAUUUGUAGGAACCCCGCCGGUUAGCUUAGCGCCGCAAGGAGAAAGCCAACGAACCCAGCACACGCUCUCAACACCUCGUUGAGCGCGUCGAUGCUAGUAAGCAACGAACACAGCGCGGUAUUGGGUCAAGUGCGCGAACUCUUGUAAGAACAUGUCAAAGUAAGUUUGAGCAGGAAAGUCGAAAGGUCUUGAGCUAGGCGGCCAAGUACUAAGUAGGAACGCGGUCGCCCUCAAUCUGUUCUUAACGUAUGUGGUUUCGCAAGCCUAUAAUUGUGGGCCUUCG